AUUUAAUAGAUAAAUAUACAUUUAUACAUGAACACGCCUUUUGAAAUGGAAAAUGUCCUUGGGAUCAAACUACGUAUGUCGGACGGUGGCAUUAUUACUUUUGGGUGACAAACCCUAUGUUAUGUUUAAAAACUGAUAAAGAGCUUGAAGAAGCCAAGUCUUUACGUUCAUCCUAUUUAAAUGGUACACUUCCACCUGGGACAACUACUGAACAACUGUUGGCUGCUAAACAGAUCUAUGAAAGUUCUUUUCACCCAGAUACUGGACAAAAACAAAAUGUAUUUGGUCGAAUGUGCUUUCAGGUACCCGGGGGUAUGGCUAUUACUGGAGCAAUGUUGUCUUUUUAUAAGACAGUUCCGGCUGUGGUGUUUUGGCAAUGGAUUAAUCAGUCUUUCAAUGCUCUAGUUAACUAUACCAAUCGAAAUGCUAACUCUCCUUUGAGCCAAACUCAAAUGGGCACAGCUUACGGUUCAGCAACAAUAGCUGCUUGUGUAACAUCCAUAAAAUUCAAGCAAUAUCUGACAAAUAACGCUUCACCCUUUUUUCAAAGAUAUGUUCCAUUUGCCGCGGUUGCAGCAGCCAAUUGUGUGAACAUACCAUUAAUGCGCCAGACUGAAUUAUUAAAAGGUGUAGAUGUUUAUGAUGCUGAUAAAAAUAGAGUUGGAUGUUCUAAGUUAGCUGCUGCUAAAGGAAUAUCUCAAGUAAUAGUAUCAAGAAUUGUUAUGUGUGCACCUGGAAUGGUAUUGCUGCCUGUCAUAAUGGAAAAACUUGAAAACAAAAGUACAUGGUUCAAGCGUAAUACAUGGAUCCAUGCUCCAUUUCAAACACUUGCUGUUGGUUGUUUUCUGAUUGGUAUGGUGCCAACUGCGUGUGCCUUGUUUCCUCAGUUCAGCUCCAUUAAAUUAAGCACAUUGGAGAAAUACGAGAAUACUGCAUACUGUGACAUAGUGAGCAAUUGCAAGAACCCACCAGCUAUCGUGUAUUCCAAUAAAGGCCUUUAAAAUUACAAUCUCAUUUACUGAUAGUAUCCUUAAAUAAUUUAAUCAUUAGAUUUCUGUUUAUUUUGAAAAAGUUUUUAAAAGAUCAGUAUUGUUCAAUUAGGGUGCAUAUAAUCUAGUAUAAUCAAGACAAUUGCUGGCUACUGAAAUUUGGUGUGUUAGAACUUUGGAAGAAUUUUGAUUAUACUGGAUAGUUGAAAAGUACUUAUAAUGUACUUUAAAUGGUAGUGUUAUAUACUGCUAAUUUGACGUACAAAUUAUUGAGAGAAAAUAUUUGUUUUCACUGACAGGACAAAAUAAGAACAUAGAAAUGUCGACUUGUAUCCUAUAUUUUUUUUUUAAAUCUCCAAACACCUUAUUGAUGAUCUUGUUUUUAUAAAUAUUUUAAUCUUAUUUUGUUUUUACUGACAUAUUUGUUUACAUAAUAAUUGUCUGAUUAGUAUCUUAUUUUUUUUUCGAGCAACGUAUAUUUAAUUAUAUAUUUUUCUGCUUGACCUAUGUGACUUAUUCAUAAAAAUUAAAUGUAAUAACUAAUUUAUAUGUACCAAGUGCUUCCAAUAAAUAUAAAAUGCAUAGUUAAGUAAGUACAAUGAAAAACGAUUGUAAGCCAUAAGUUGUUUAACAUGAUUAUUAGAAUCAAACAAUCAUAAUUAUAUUCAUUAUUACAGUUCAGAAAAAACUCAUAAAUAAUAAUUUAUUACUAUACACCUAUUUAUAAGUAUUUAAGAUCUGAUUGUAUAAUAUUGUUCCCUUUUAUGAACUCUAAUAUAUCUAAAUCUUUUGAUCUGUAUUAUUAUUAUAAGCUUUAAGCAUCACUAUAAAGUAUUCAACUAAAUGGUCCAAUACUUAUUGUAUGAUAAUUAUUUAAAUAAGCAAUAUAUUUGUAACAUUUAGCAAUUACAUUACUAAUAUAAUAAAAUAUCUGAUAUAUUAUUAUUAA